AAUAAAACACGAGGAACCAGAAACCUGGAGAACAAAACACGAGGAACCAGAAAGAGAGUUAAUUGAAGAAAAAGAGGAGAAUGAAGAAUCAAGUGAAGUUGAGGAGAAAAAUCAUGUGAAAACUGGAGGAAAACCUUUGGGUUUCUCUCAAAGCAAACAGAAAGAUUUAAAGAAAAAAAGAGCAAAGAAGUCCCUCCGCUGCACUCAGUGUGGAAAGAGAUUCACAGACAAAACAGGUUUUGAGAAUCACAUGAGAGUUCAUACUGGAGAGCAACCAUUCACUUGUGAUCAGUGUGGGAAGAGUUUCACACAAUCAUCAAACCUUAAUAUACACAUGAACAUCCACACUGCAGAGAAGAAGCACGCAUGUGAUCAAUGUGGUAAAAUGUUUUUAUGGGCUUCACUUCUGAAGAAACACUUGAAAGUUCAUGCAAAGGAGAAACCACAUCCAUGUUAUUUGUGUAGUAAGAGUUUUUUGCCUCUACAAAGUUUGAAAGUACAUCAGAAAAUACAUACUGAAAGAGUAUAUAUAAAAAGAAAUGAAAGGUUCCACACUGGAAAGAAACCUUAUAAGUGUUCACACUGUGACAAGAGAUUCAGUGAUAAAUCAAAUCUGAAAACACAUGAGAGGAUUCACACUGGAGAGAAACCUUAUAAGUGUUCACACUGUGACAAGAGAUUCAAUCAUUCAUCAUAUCUGAAAACACAUGAGAGGAUUCACACUGGAGAGAAACCUUAUAAGUGUUCCCACUGUGACAAGAGAUUCAAUUCUUCAACAUAUUUGAAAACACAUGAGAGCAUUCACAGUGCAGAGAAACCUUACAAGUGUUCAAACUGUUACAAGAGAUUCAGUCAUCCAUCACAAUUGAAAACACAUGAGAGGAUUCACACUGGAGAGAAACUUUACAAGUGUUCACAUUGUGACAAGAGAUUCAGUAAAUUAUCAGGUCAGAAAAUACAUGAGAGGAUUCACACUGGAGAGAAACCAUAUAAGUGUUCACACUGUGACAAGAGAUUCAGUGAUUCAUCAUCUCUGAAAAGGCAUGAGAGGAUUCACACUGGAGAGAAACAUUAUAAGUGUGCACACUGUGACAAGACAUUCAAUGAUUCAUCAUCUCUGAAAACGCAUGAGAGGAUUCACACUGGAGAGAAACAUUAUAAGUGUGCACACUGUGACAAGACAUUCAAUGAUUCAUCUUCUCUGAAAACGCAUGAGAGGAUUCACACUGGAGAGAAACAUAAGUGUGCACACUGUGACAAGACAUUCAAUGAUUCAUCAUCUCUGAAAACGCAUGAGAGGAUUCACAUUGGAGAGAAACAUAAGUGUGCACACUGUGACAAGACAUUCAAUGAUUCAUCAUCUCUGAUAAUGCAUGAGAGGAUUCACAUUGGAGAGAAACAUUAUAAGUGUGCACACUGUGACAAGACAUUCAAUGAUUCAUCAUCUCUGAUAAUGCAUGAGAGGAUUCACAUUGGAGAGAAACAUUAUAAGUGUGCACAUUGUGACAAGAGAUUCAAUGAUUCUUCAUCUCUGAAAACGCAUAAGAGGAUUCACAUUGGAGAGAAACAUUAUAAGUGUGCACACUGUGACAAGACAUUCAAUGAUUCAUCAUCUCUGAUAAUGCAUGAGAGGAUUCACAUUGGAGAGAAACAUUAUAAGUGUGCACAUUGUGACAAGACAUUCAAUGAUUCUUCAUCUCUGAAAACGCAUAACAAGAUCCACACUGUAGAGAAACCUUAUAAGUGUUCACACUGCGACAAGAGAUUCAUUCAAUCAUCAGGUCAGAAAAUACAUGAGAGGAUUCACACUGGAGAGAAACCUUACAAGUGUUCACACUGUGACAAGAGAUUCCGUGAUUCAUCAACUCUGAAAACACAUGAGAGGAUCCACACUGGAGAGAAACCUUACAAGUGUUCACACUGUGACAAGAGAUUCAGUGAUUCAUCAUAUCUGAAAACACAUGAGAGGAUCCACACUGGAGAGAAACCUUAUAAGUGUUCACACUGUGACAAGAGAUUCAGUAAUUCAUCAUAUCUGAAAAAACACGAGAGGAUCCACACUGGAGAUAAACCUUACAAGUGUUCACACUGUGACAAGAGAUUCAGGGAUUCGACACAUCUGAAAACACAUGAGACGAUUCACAUGAAUGAAAUCAAAUAAGUAAAUGGACUGCAUUUAUAUAGCGCUUUCAACAGAUCCCAUGGCAAUCCAAAGCGCUUUACAAGUUGCCUCACAUUUACCCAUUCACUCACUCAAUCAUACACCGACUGCGGUGUCAGCCAUUC